AUGACGAAGUUUAGAGGCUGUAUAGAUAUCCACGCUGGUCAAGUAAAGCAAAUUGUAGGUGGAACAUUGACCCAGGACGACGUUGAUUCUCACAACGACACCACCACAGAAAAUUUUGUGUCCACCAAACCUUCCUCGUACUAUGCACAGUUGUACAAGCAACACAACAUAACAGGAUGCCAUGUAAUUAAGUUGGGGUCAAACCAGGCCAACGACGACGCUGCAAAGGAAGCGUGUCUCGCUUGGCCCAACGCUCUUCAAGUAGGUGGUGGCAUAACAGCAAGCAACGCUCUUCUCUGGCUCGAUCAGUAUAAGGCGCGCCAAGUUAUCGUUACCAGUUGGUUGUUUACCGACGAACAGUUUGACUGGGAAAAGCUCGCCAAAAUAUCUGAGCUCGUAGGUAAGUCAAGGUUGAUAGUAGACUUAAGCUGUAGAGAAGUUCCAAGCGAUUCCAGCGAAAAGAAAUGGGUGGUUGCAAUCAAUAAAUGGCAGACCUUGACCCAAUCUGUAUUGAGUGCGGAGUUCCUUGCCAGAGUUUCCAAAUACUGCAGCGAGUUCCUCAUCCACGCCGCUGAUGUUGAGGGAUUGUGUAAUGGAAUAGACGAGGCAUUGGUUAGAAAGCUCGGAGAAUGGUGUCCUGCUGGCUUUGAGGGCAAUAUUGUCUACGCUGGCGGCGCCAAGCUGGUCCAAGACUUGGAAACGGUUGACCAGUUGUCGGAAGGUAAGGUGGACUUGACCUACGGGAGUGCUUUGGAUAUUUUUGGCGGGCUGCUUGUGAAAUUCGAAGACGUAUCGGACUGGAACAAAGCGCAUUCAAGCUGA